CGCUUCGUGACGUCACGCCGGGGUUUGCUCCCGGUUAACCCGGUCGGUCGGAAAGCGGGUUUAAGGCGAUCGCCCCACGCUUUCCGCGGAGGCCUAGAUGGGAGAUGCAGCCCAUCCGCUGCCAGCGCCGAAGCGAAUCAAUCACGUAGAAAUGAGCUUCAGUGAGCCGGCGGGUUACAUAAGCUGAGCCGCGCGCAGGGGGGACGGCGGUACAGGCGGCCGCACCGCGCGCAACGUCGCGGCUCAUUGUCCGGCCGCGGAAACUUUUACCGGCGAUCCUGGUUUACCGGGCACGGAGAGACGGGGGCCGAAGGUGUUGCGGCGGGCGGCCGGGAGGUGACGAACUCCAUUGAUACAUAAGCAGAGGUCCUUUAACUCACCAUCCUGGAAGUGGAAAGCAUUGACCCUGGUCCAACACCACAGUCAGGUGCAGUGUGUUGUGGAAGUAGGACCAAAGACGGGAGUUUUGGGGAAGAGGCUGUCCCGUUGCCUCCCCCCCCAGCUGUGGCUGUGCUGGGUGGCGCUCCACUGGCUGCCCAGAAUGUGGCCGGGCCACCCCAGCAUGCCCUGCAGCCGGCCGCAGCUGCCCUCCACACCCCAUCAGCCAGCACUGCGCCUCAGCAGAAAACAAGCACGCACGCCCCAGCCAGCCAGCUCGCUGAUCAACCCAACGGCAGCACCAUGGACAGUGGUGCACAAGGGCCCAUUUUGGAUUCUCAAACUGACAGUAUCCAGAAAAGACUGGCUGACUCUGAGCUCACGGACUGCCAAAACCUUGCAGAUGUUCAGACUAGACAGCCUGCUUCAGACAGACCUGCAGAUUCGUGGGCAUUUAAUGCGCAUGCUAUGCCAGGCAUCCCCCGGGGAGACACUAACAUGGGUCCAGUCGACCACACAGACAGGCGGACCGACACAGCGAGAGUCAGUCGAGAAGGGGCUGAGGCACCAUUACAGCUUCUUGAGACAGCAGGAUGGGACCCUCGAGUGGACACCGCGAACCGAGAGGAACUGGAGCUGGAGCCUUCAGACAAAGGGGGCUUGUGUGAUCUCAGCCUCUCUGACUCUGCCGGCGCCCCUUUAUUGGCCACUUCUGGUUUCAGUACAGACCAUUCAGAAACUGUGGACAUGGGCAAGUCCCAGGCACCUGGACAGGAUAAGACGCAGCAGACUAGCCAACUCUCACCCGAGAGCACGGCAACAAAGGUCUCUGGUCCAAAUUUUCUGGACUCUGACAUCAACAGACAGGUCACCGAAAAAGAGCUUGAUCAAGCAUCCAAGUGGGAAUUGCAGAACACAGAGCAACAUAGCCAGUGUGCUCACAGAAACCAGGAAGCAGAGGAGCAGACUGCUCCAGCAACAGUGGAGAGUGAAAGUGAGAAGUCAAUAUCCUGUGGAAAUAAGUGGCCCCUUGGAGAAUAUUCCCUCAGCCCUGAGCUGUCUGCUGUACCUGGGGGGUCCUGUACAGAUGGGACUCAUUCUCCUCAACCGACAGGCAAAUGCUGGACUGCGGAAUAUAAUCUUACUGGGGAUGGAAACCCAGUGUCCCAUAAUGCAGCUGACACAGGAGUCAGUCCCCAGAAAAGUUACUGCUACCACAGCAAAGUGCAUUUGGAAAAGAGCCAAGCAGACGAGGAUAUUGACACAGAGACACACCCUCAUGAAAACCUCAAACCAGGUCUUGGCUUGCAAAGCACCCCCACUUCACAGAGUAAAUCAGGUCUUCCCGUCAGCCUUCCUCACAGCACUCUGGACAGUUUGGUCCAGAGAGAACCUACUGCAGUCGACAAGUCAGGGUUGGAAUUUGCAGAGCAAGAGGUUGCUCAGAGCUGCUUGAUGCCCAAGCCUGUGGAUUCCAGUGAAACACCAGAGUGUUCGUUGAGGGCUAAUGAAACCGGAAUUUGCGCUGAAGGGGCAGCAAAUCUGAAUCUCCUUCUAGACAAAGAUUUCCACACUGAUCUUGUCAGUCCCAAUCAGUCCAUAUGUGAUCAGGCUGUGCAGAAAUCAGGAUUCGAGAGUAUUAGUUAUGGCCGGAAAGAGAGAGACGAAGAGGUAGAUUCCGAGGUGGUAAUCAGAGGUGAAAACGACUAUGAUAGCCAGACACACACAUUUCCCUCUAUCUAUACAGAGAAUUUGAAAGAACCUUCUGUAACCUCAGAGGAAAGAUCGACUGGGAAAGAACUUGAAAACCAUUUACCAUCACCCCUUUUAUCCAGCAGCAGUAACUCCAGGGUUCUGCAGGAGCAAAGCAUACCCAAAACAGAAGUAUAUCCAAAGACUUCCCUGGUUCAAGAAAUGUGGACUCCGUCCAGGAAAGAUUUACAGAUGACCAAGAUGGAGACCAAAGAAGAUAGCUUAGAAAUUCUGUUGGGGCAAAGAGAAAAAGGCAGUGGCCUUGAUGCAGAAGAGACAGAAUCGAGUACAGAGGGCCACAGAGGUGCCGCAUACUGCACAGGCAAAACACUGACUUCAGCUGCCAUUCCUGAGCUUAAACAGGCUAGCUCUCCCUUAGUCAAUGAGGACAGCAAGAGUGAGGCUCAAAUAACAGAUGAAAAUCCUGCUAACACACCAAUUUAUUCAAUUGGACAUGAAAUGUCUGCUAAAUGUUCACCUGUACACCUGCCUGGAGAAGCCUUUUGCAUCAGUGAGGAGGGCGGUUCACCUUCUGUUUUUCAUCCAGAAGAUCUGAUGAUCAGAGAGGGACCUGAGUUAACUGUGCAAAGUGAGGUGUUUUCAGAUGACAUCUGCUUGAUAUCCACACUUGAAAAGCAGGCUUCUGAUUAUCACUCCUGCCUGACUCUCCCAUCUAUGGUCACGUCCAAAGUCGAGACGUUACAAGAGAAAGUGGAUGAUGAAGCUGUUUUUCAAGGAGAGGAAGUCAAAACUGAAGUUUGCGUUUUAGGUGGUUCCUCUUCCUCUGGUCUUGUUGAUUCCAAGCUCUUUAUCUUGAAUUUGGAUGACACCUCUCUUCUCAAACAUUCACCUAUUGUUCUAGGUGGGGGGUUACAGAAUGUGGAAGCAGCCCACAGCACCUCCACAGAGCUCGGCAGCCCUGCCAGUGGGGCCGGUAUGGUGUCUGUAGAGUGCCUUUCCCAAACCGUUACAUGCACAGGCUCUGUUCCUGUAUCCGCAGUCGCUUGUGAGAAGCUGAUUGACACCGAUCCUGCUAACAGCGAGCCGUCCUCGUUUGCGUCUGACACUCUGGCCGCCCCUGUCAUUGAACAUGUACAGAUGAAGCCCUGCUUGUCCACCUCCUUUCCUCUCAUACACUCUCACAUCUCUUAUGAAGAGGCUUUAGCUGAGAUCGAAGUACCCACAGAAAAUACCCAUGAAGCUUCCCAGAAUCUCUUAACCCCCACGUCCAUCUCCACAACUGUGUUUGACAGCAUCCAGUCUAGCCUGUAUCAUACUUCUACCAACGAGGUGUGUCACCAUUCGGACUUGUCGCAGCUUCCUGCGGAGAUUUUGCAAUCCGAGCACACGGAUUGGUCGGUGGUCUCACAGGUAACUGCAGCGGACAACCAAUCUUCACCUCCAGAGCAUCACAGCACCCCUAGUGGUGAAAGCAGUGACAGUGAUGUGGAGCUUCCGAGCAAAGCCCCAGCCUCAAGCUCUCGCUUUGCCAUCACCCCCUCAUCACAGAGCAAAACGAGCCAGGUGUACGCUCAGAUCGAUAGGCCCUAUGUUCCCCUGCGGGGCCCCCAUGGCAAGUUCAUCUCACCCUCCAUGCGGUCUCCAGGGGGGCCUCACCAGUCCGACCUACACCGGCAUCGCACGGAGCGGCAGACGGACAUGGCCGAGCUGGCCAAGCAUGAAGCCGACAUCGAGCACCGUACCCUGGCUCUGAAGCGAGAGGGCUUCUGGUCCCUGAAACGCCUUUCUCGCGUGGCCGAGCCGUGCCGGCCCAAAGUGCACUGGGACUACCUCUGCGAGGAGAUGCAGUGGCUCUCUGCUGACUUCGCCCAGGAGAGACGCUGGAAGAGGGGCGUGGCCAGGAAGGUCGUCCGUAUGGUGAUGCGAUACCAUGAGGAGCAGAGGCAGAAGGAAGAGAAAAGCAAGAAGGAGGAGCAGGCCAAGCUGCGCAGGGUGGCCGCCUCCAUCGCUAAGGAGGUCCGGGCCUUCUGGAGCAGCGUGGAAAAGGUCGUCCAAUUCAAGCAGCAGUCACGCCUGGAGGAGAAACGGAAGAAAGCUCUGGAUCUGCAGUUGGAUUUCAUCGUCGGCCAGACAGAGCGCUACUCGGACCUUCUCAGCCAGUCUCUCGGAGAUGCAAAUGCGGCAGUUCCUCUGUCUGUCGGCGUGGUGGCCAACUCUGACGUUGCAACCACCUAUGUGAGAGCUGCACAGCACGUGGUUGAUGAGGAUGAUGGAGACUUCGAACCCCCAUUUGAGGAGGACGACGAUGAAGAGACCAUUGAGGUAGAAGAACAACAAGAAGGGAACGAUGCGGAGACUCACAAAAGAGAGAUCGAACUGCUGCGCCAGGAAGGGACACUGCCACUGGACCAGCUGCUGCACACUCUCACGCAUGCGCAUGUAGACAAGGUGUCAAAAGAGGAAUCUUCCACCGAUUCCUCAUCUGCUGUUGAAGAUGGGGAUGAGGAGUUCUCAGCUAACGAGGACUCGGAAGACGAGGAGGAGACCAUCGCAGCGCAGGAGGUCGUGGAGGGGGAGGCCGAUCACACGGAGGAGCUUUCUGACCUCGCCAGAGAAGGUGCCUUGAGUAUAGAGGAGCUGCUGGAGAAGUACAGGGAAGCCUAUGAGGAUGAUGGGGAGGUCUCCACCUCUCAGGAAAGCUCCGAAGACGAGUCUGACAUGUCUGAGGAAGGCGAGGAGGACAGCAGGGAGUCCGACAGCGACGCAGAGAGCAGGAGUUCCUCAGACUCUUCAGCUGCGGUGAACAGUGCCGAUGAGGGGGGAGAAGGCAUGGAGAUCCUCUUAAAGGGGGGGGAUCACAGCCCCCCCGGCCAGACCACCUCACGGCCGAAAAAGGAGAUCAGCCACAUUGCCGCCACCGCUGAGAGUCUGCAGCCUAAGGGCUACACGCUGGCCACCACCCAGGUGAAGACGCCCAUCCCCUUCCUGCUGCACGGGACACUGCGUGAGUACCAGCACAUCGGCCUGGACUGGCUGGUCACCAUGUAUGAGAAGAAGCUCAAUGGCAUCCUGGCUGACGAGAUGGGGCUGGGCAAGACCAUCCAGACAAUAGCGCUGCUGGCCCACCUGGCCUGCGAGAAAGGGAACUGGGGCCCCCACCUAAUCAUCGUCCCCACGAGUGUCAUGCUGAACUGGGAGAUGGAGCUGAAGCGCUGGUGCCCCAGCUUUAAGAUCCUCACGUACUACGGCAGCCAGAAGGAGCGCCGGCUGAAGAGACAGGGUUGGACCAAGCCCAAUGCGUUCCAUGUCUGCAUCACCUCCUACAAGCUGGUGCUGCAGGACCACCAGGCGUUUCGCCGAAAGUCUUGGCGGUACCUCAUCCUGGAUGAGGCUCAGAACAUCAAGAACUUCAAGUCGCAGCGCUGGCAGAGUCUGCUCAACUUCAACAGCCAGCGGCGCCUCCUGCUGACCGGCACGCCCCUGCAGAACAGCCUCAUGGAGCUCUGGUCUCUCAUGCACUUCCUGAUGCCUCACGUCUUUCAGUCCCACCGCGAGUUCAAGGAGUGGUUCUCCAACCCGCUCACUGGCAUGAUAGAGGGCAGCCAGGAGUACAACGAGGGCCUCAUCAAGCGGCUGCACAAAGUUUUACGGCCAUUUCUGCUGCGAAGGAUCAAGGUGGACGUGGAGAAGCAGAUGCCCAAGAAGUAUGAGCACGUGGUCCGCUGUCGGCUGUCCAAGCGGCAGCGCUUUCUCUACGAUGACUUCAUGGCGCAGGCCUCGACUCGCGAGACGCUGGCCAGUGGCCAUUUCAUGUCCGUCAUCAACAUCUUGAUGCAGCUGCGUAAAGUGUGUAACCACCCUGACCUGUUCGACCCGCGACCAAUUCACUCUCCCUUCAUCACUUCCCCCAUCCUCUUCACCACUGCGUCCCUCGUACUGCGGGCUCUUGAAAGGUCCCCCUUUGAGGUCUAUGACAUCUCCAUGUUCGACCUUGUGGGCCUGGAGGGCCACGUAUCCCGGUAUCAGGCCGACGUCUUCCUGCCCCGCAGGAGGGUGACAGCCCAGCUCGUCCAGGAGAUCAUGGACUCCCCCAAUCCUCCGCCACGACCGAAGCCUGUGCGCAUGAAGGUGAACAGGAUGUUCCAGCCUGUACCGCGUGCAGAGGGACGUACGGUGGUGCUUGUCAACAACCCCCGGCCACCCUGCCCCCUGCCUGCAGCUCCUGUGGCUCCACGGCCCCCUCUGGCUGUUGACCUGGGUCCUGUAGCCCCAGCCACUCCUCCUGCUCCACCACCAACUCCCAUAAACGUUGCCUCACACGUGGCCGUGUGUUCUGUAGCCCCCACCAACCUCCAGAAAGCCUCGGUGUCUCCCUGUGGCCCUGCUUCCAUGAGUCUUUGCGGCGGGGCUGGAGCAGCUGUGCGUCCAGGGGCCCCUGUGCCUGUUCUGACCGUGAGGCCCCCUGUAGCCAGCAACACCCCCUCUCUGCCAGGGUUAGCACCGAGCCCAAGCAGCGCAGUCACCCAGAGGGUCCUGCUCAGCCCGGACAUGCAGGCCCGCCUGCCAUCUGGCGAGGUGGUAAGCAUCGCCCAGCUGGCUUCACUGGCUGGCCGGCCCCUGUCCUCCUCCCAGGGCAGCAAGCCCGUCACCUUCCAACUGCAGGGAAACAAGCUGACACUGUCCGGAGCCCAGCUGCACCAGGUCACCAUGGCCCAGCCGCGCUCCAUCCAAGUGCCCUCCUCCAUGGUCACCAGCUCCGGUAUCGUCAAGAUUGUCAUGCGCCCGUCCACUGGGAAGGAGCUGGCAGCACCCACACCACCAGCAACCCCCUGCACCUUCCCUUCUGCGUCCCCUGUUCUGCCUCUCACUGGCCCCAGCACCCCUAUGAGACCCCCUGCUCUCCCGCAGUCCACUCAUCGCCUUUCCACACCCCUCUCCUCCCCAUCUGCCCCCUGUGGUCUUGUCUCAGCGCCACUUAAUUCCCAGAUUCCUCGGCCCAUUUUGAAGGUGCUGCCCGGCCCAUCUGCCACUGCCGAGCCAGGCCGGCCAGCCGCUCCGCCUGGGCGCGAGGACACCAGCGAUGCUAUGCUUCGUGUGCCCGCACUUCCCAGCUCUGCCACCGGAGGGCAGAGUGCACCCAGGCCACGGACCCAGCCCCCCCCACCACCACGCUCCCCGUUCUACAUGUCAUGGCUGGAUGACCAGCGCCGCUCUCAGCGUGAAGAACGUCUCACCAGGAUCCUGCGUGUCAAUGAGCUGCACUGUGGUAGCAAACCCAUCUAUGGCACAGAGGUGCUCGACUUCCUUACCUUCCUGCCCCAGCGCCUCUCCACACCAACCCCAGUCUUUCCUGGGGACUGGCACCGAGCGAGUCACGCCCACUGUCUGUCUGCACAGCUAAAGGGCCCCAAGGCCUUCUGGGUGCAGAGUAAAGCUCUGCAGGAGGCCAUGCACACAACGGAGGAGAGGCUUCUGCUUCUGGCUGACAUCAUUGACAGGUAUAUUUUCGUCAUUCCGUCGGUGGAGGCUCCACCCAUCACCAUGCACUGCUGCCACCCGCCACCGUCGCUGAGCCAUCAGCAGACCGUUUUUAGGUCCGUGCUGCGCUCUGAGAUUGCGCCGCUCUCCCGCUGCCUGCACCGCAUCCAGUGCAACAUGAGGACCCAUUUCCCAGACCUGAGGCUCAUUCAGUACGAUUGUGGGAAACUGCAGACGCUUCACUCCCUGCUGCGGAGGCUGAAGACGGAGGGUCACCGUGUGCUCAUUUUCACCCAGAUGACUCGAAUGUUGGACAUAUUAGAGCAGUUUCUAAACUACCAUGGACACAUCUACCUGAGGCUUGAUGGAAGCACCAGAGUUGAGCAGAGACAGGCUCUGAUGGAGCGUUUCAAUGCAGACCGGCGGAUAUUUUGUUUCAUCCUGUCGACGCGCAGUGGCGGUGUAGGUGUCAAUCUCACGGGGGCUGACACGGUGGUGUUUUACGACAGUGACUGGAACCCCACCAUGGACGCCCAGGCUCAGGACCGAUGCCACCGCAUUGGGCAGACACGAGACGUGCACAUCUACAGGCUUAUCAGUGAGCGUACGGUGGAGGAGAACAUCCUCAAGAAGGCGAACCAGAAGAGGAUGCUGGGAGACAUGGCUAUCGAGGGCGGCAACUUCACCACGGCUUUUUUCAAACAGCAAACAAUCCGGGAGCUGUUCUACGUUUCUGAGGGAGAGAAGAAAGAGGCUGAGCCCAGCCUACCCUCACAGCCGGAGGAGGAUGAGGCUGUCAGCAAGCAGCAUGCCACCAUCUUGGAGCAGGCCCUGUGUCGUGCUGAGGAUGAGGAAGACAUUGUUGCUGCCUCGCAAGCAAAAGCAGAGCAAGUGGCUGAACUAGCUGAAUUCAAUGAGAGCAUUCCGUUAGAGGAGAGUAAUGAGGGAAUGGGGCGUGACCAGGAAGAGGAGGAGCUCUCCAAGGCCGAGCAGGAAAUCGCUGCCCUUGUGGAACAGCUCACUCCAAUUGAACGGUAUGCAAUGAAUUUUUUGGAGGCCUCUCUGGAAGAUGUUUGCAAAGAGGAGUUGAAGCAAGCAGAGGAGCAAGUUGAAGCAGCUCGGAAGGGCCUAGAUCAGGCAAAAGAAGAAGUCUUGAAACUCCCACCUUAUUCUGACAACGAGGAUGAGGAGUUGGGUCCGUCACUUGCAGAGGAUCUGGUUCACAUCUCCUCCAAUCGCCGGCCUCGCAAGCACAAGGAGAAGGGCGCCCCUUCCACCAGGGUGAGCGGAAGGCUUCGUGGUCCUGUGGUGACACCUGAAGCUAAUCUUGAUACAAACCUGACACACGGAGAAAUUGAGCAGCAUAAAGAGAGAGGAUCAGAAUCCCAUCAUUCGGAGCUAGAUGCAUCCUCAAGCCUCAUGUCCCAACAGCAAUGCCUUGGAGCUACAACUUCCCUCAAGCAGGAUGAGCCUGUGCUGACAACUAAGGUAAUCGAAGACGUAUCUGGAAGUCUUGGCUGUGCUCUUCCAGUGGCUGUGGGACCCAAAGAACUCACAGUGUCAUCUGUAACUUCACUUGCUGGAGUACAUUUGCAGAGUGCUCAAAGCCACAGCCAGCACCACCCAGCCAUACCAAAGGUUACAGAACCUGCAACAUCUGGCAUGAUCUGCUGUACGCGCUCUGCUCCGGAAUCACCCUCUAGGGCCCACCUCACCACCUCUUCACCUACGUCUAGUUUAGUGCUUUCCACUGCUCUGACACCAACAGUCAUGAACACUCACAUUAACCAAACCCCUUGUGCCUCAUCUACCUCAUAUUCCGUUUCUGGAGAAAAGAUUAACGACCAAGCCCAGUCAGAUUACGAUGGGGCACCAGCGGACACAGAGAAUCGCUCUGAAGUCACACAAGGUCUGUCUGCUUCAUCUGGCAUGGAUAGCAUUGGUGAAGGUCACUUUGAUUCAGCCCAAAUUCAAGAUUGUGAUGUCACAUUGAAUGAGGAAAAUGAUCAACACACCCAGAGAUCUAAUAAUCCUUCACAGCUCCCUACACAGUCUAAUCUUACCCGGUCCCCACGCAAGCGUCAGUCGGCCGAUGGAGAGGUUCUAAGUAGCCAUGUUGAUGAUUCACCCUCAGCCAAAGUUCUUCGGAAGUUGCCAGGCCGCUUAGUCACAGUAGUGGAAGAGAAGGAGCCCCGUCGGAGGAAAAGAGCAGCAGGUGGCGGGCAGCAUGAUGGGAAAGGCCAAGAAAUGGUGUCAGCUGAUCUUGAGCAAGGUUUAGAUGUGCUCAGCAAGGAAGUUGCCUUACAGACGCAAGACAAAACCAGUGCAAAUCAGAAAGAGAACAGAAUAGCGACACAAGUGAUAGCUGAAAAAGCAUCCCCCCAGCAUCAGCCAGAUCAGAAUCAGACCUCUCCCUCACCGUACCACGACAGAUCAGUUAUCCACUCCACCACCAGCCUUUCUCCAGAUAUGCCUGUUUUAAGGAACCUGCCGGUGCGAAGGCGGUUAGAGACGGAGUCCCGCAUGGCUGCCCAGCUAGGUGAGCAUCAAGCAGGAAGAGGCAGAGGACGUGGAGGAGACAGAAGAUUCAACUUGUCUCCCAGCUUCCCCAGGAAAGUGGAUACAAAACUAGAAGGAGCUGAAGAGACCUUGAACACAUCAGAAGAUUGUACAUUCACUCCCCCUAAAGUGAACAUUACACCUCCUGGGAAACGCAAGCGAGGUCGCCCACCGAAGACUCCACCCAGAGUAAGUAACUCUGUGACAGAGCAGACCUCUUCUUGUGAUGAUGUUGCCACAGAAGGCCCUGGGGUUCUAGAAAGAAGCCCUUCACCAUCUCCAAAACGCAAGAGGGGGCGUCCUCGUAAGGACAUAGCAAGAACAAGUGCUGUUGAGCCCAGCUGUAUCACUUCAACAAAAAAUUCUUCCCUUCCUGGUAGCCCAGAUUUUAGUGAGCAUUCAGAAAAUUUUACCACAAGAAAUGAUCAGCCAGCUUAUGGUUUAGAACCUCAACCAACCCUCCCAAACAAUAACCACCCCCUAGAGAGCAUUUCACCUAUUGACACAAGUCAGCCUAAUCAAAUAGUUCCCACCUCUCUAAUUUCCACUCCUCAGUCCAACCAAGCUUCUUCACCUCUCACGUAUACUUCUAAGUCCAAUUCAGAGAAUCAGCAUGUAAUAGCAGAGGUGGAGGUGGAUUUCAAAGAUGAUGACCGUAAUGUGACAUCUGUGUUGGUUGGCAAGAUGGAAGGAGCACAAGAGACGGAAACGGAGAGCAAAGAUACCGGAGAAUGUAAAUUGGAGUGUAAAGAGGAUCAAGGGGAUCAAAGUGCACAAGAGGAUUGCUGCACAUCUCAGCCUAAGAAAAGGAGAGUUGCUGCCUGCUUGUCUGGGGACCAAGGAUCUGUACAAAGUUCUCCUCGGGGUGAGAAAGACGAUGACAUGGGUAAGGAGACCCGAGAGAGAACUAGAAUGAAUAGACACUCUAUACCUAUGAGACCUGGCAGUAGGAGGAGCAGCCAAGAAUCCGCUUGCUCCUCCUCACCAUCAUCAAUAUCCUCUCGUUCUACUUCCACAUAUUCAUCACUAUCUAAGAAAGAUGAUGAAGAUAGAUCCAUGAAGCGGAAGCAAAAAGUGGACACAAACAAAAAGGAAGGGAAUGCUCAAAGGGACCCAACAAAAAAACCUAGCCAUUCUGAUUCUGCGAGCACCCCACAACAGUGCUCAUUCUCCUGCUCUUCUUCAGACUCUGACUCUAGUGGGGGUCAUAAGGAGCGGCGUCUAACUCGGUCAACUCAAAAGAUGCUGGAGAGUGGAGAUAACACAGAGCUGAAAGGAAAUUUGGAGGUAAGAAGAAGAAGAAGAGGCAGAAAGUCCAUCAGGAGUCCAUGUAGAGAAGGUCAACUGAUGCCAAACACAACCACUACAACUGAAGGGGAGACCAAAGCUGAAAUGUCUGUUAGAGUUACAAGGAAAUCAUCAGGUCCUUUACUGGCUUCUGAGCCAAGACGACAACCUAGCCCCGUCUCACCAUCUACAGUCUCAGAGGUCUUGGGAAAAAGAUGCUCUGCCUUGAAUGCAGCUGCUAAACUUCUUGCCAUGAGGAGUAAAGGAGGAAACCCUGGGUCUAGUAUAGCAUUUUCUGUAGGUAAAGAGACUCCAAAAGGAGGAAGGGCUAAAGGGCAGCCUAAUGCCUCUGCAUCAUCUGAACGGAGCAAUAAGACGGGAGCCAGAGGGACCGAGAGUAAAACGGAGAGUAGCAGGCAGCUCUCUGGCCACCUCAACCCCACUGCCUCCCGUUCUACUCGCCAGCGACCAGGAGACUUGGUUCCUCCACUUCAAACUGAAAACAAAAGAAACAAAGUAAAAAGAAAGCGAAUGGUGGAAGGACAAAGCAAAGGGGAGGGGAGCCAUUCACCGCGGGCGCAUAGUGCAAGCAGCAGCCUGAGCAGUGAGCAGGGGGAGGGCAGCAGCCGGAGCCGGAGCAGCAGCAAUAGCAGCCAGCGCACCCACAGCCUCAGCUCCCAAAGCACAGGACCCCUGUGCUCCCAGUCCCGUGCCCCCUCUCCUGGCAGCGAUCGUGAAAGGAGUAACAAAGCUGGCGAGAGGAGCCGCGGGACUGGCACGCGGGAGAGCCGCAAGGAGAGGCGGCUGAGGCAGGAGAAGGGCUCUGGUGAGGGGACGCCUGACAGGCUGCUGCGCAGUGUAGCGGCACUGGCUGCAGCUCAGGCCCGCACACCCGCUAGCAACACCCGCUCCUCCACCAGCCACCACCAUGCCUGUCGCACCAAGACCUGAAGUUUGGGGGCCGACACAGUAAAGGCUAAUGUAUCGAGCAAGCGAUAGGAGGGGGUGCCAGUGACCGCUUUUGAAGAAGAGAAGCAAGGCCAAUGGAGGAUCCCACUCGUAGCAAAAAUCAAAGGAAACGUGACUGCGAUGUACAGCACUAUGGAUUCAGGUCCCAUCUCCAGUUACAAGCGUGGAUCUCCUCCCUCUCCUGUUCUCUCCUUUAACAUGAGUCGGUCACCCAUUCUGUGCAGCCAGGGCGUGAGACACAGAUAGAAAACCGUGAGUGUCAAUGGGCUGUAUUCUCAGUAUAGCCAUCUUGUGCUGUCUAAGUGCAGAGAGAAAGUUUCGGCAAUGGGGAUGUUGUCUCCAUUUUUAGAGAGGUUGAGCUCUGUGAGCCAUUGGAGGAGUCAGUUUAUACAGACAGUGUCUGAUUAUGCUGCCGGUACACAGGGACUUUCGAGGGGGACUUUGGGGUGGGAGGUGGGCUUAGACAGUGUACUGUAACCAUUAAAGAUGACUGGAUUUUGUGUGUGAAGGGUCGGUAAAUGUCAGCGACAAAUUGUGCAAGGUUGUUGCUCAGUUACACUUUGUCAUUCAUUAAAACUGUUGGAGCUGAGCUUGUUGGACAAUGGAGGUUUGCAGAAAAUGUUUCCCUAAACCUUCUCAGUCUCCAGAAUCUGAGAUAAUGCUGAUUCAACAGAGGUUCUGAAUAUAAUAUCUACUGCACAGUCCUUGGGUUACUUAGGUCCCCUUUUGUCAUUUUCUGUCCUGAAUUUUGCAGAACACAUUUUCCCACUCUUAAUGCUUUUGUUUUUGGUUAUAUAUUGAAGUCAGUCUGUCCUUCCUGGUACCUCACAAAAUGCGUUACAUAAGCUCUAAAUAUGUUAAUUUAUGUUUUGAGCUUGUAAUGUACUUGAACAUAUGUUUACUGGCUGUGCAAAAAUAGGAGUAACUGAUUUGUUUUGAUGCAUAAUCGAUUUAAAGGGUUUCUUAACCUUCAAGACUGUAAGCCAUUAUGAUCUGAAAUGUGCUUUGAUACAUAUUCAAAGGAUCCUGAUCAAAGUGGGGGGGAAACUGGGUACUGCCUAUUUUUGGGCGGUUUCUAAAAGCUGAUUCUCUUUAAGCAUGUGAACUGCUGGCUAGGAGAUUCACUUUAUUUGCUGUUUUGUUGUCAGAUGGAUUUCACCCACCAUUAACAAGGGAGAAACACCUUUGCAUCCAUUUUACAAAAAAUUACAGACACUUGCAGAUGUGACCCGAAAGCAGUGAACUAAUCUUCACUUUCAACUAUUUCAAGGUCUUCAUUUAUAAUAUAUACUGAUUCAUGGACUUAAAUGGGAGAAGGGUGUACAGUAAAUGAUAGGUCUGUUUAUUUUCCGGAUGCCUUGUGUCUCACAGCUUUUUGUGGAGGGAAAGGAUGAUGGUGGAGGUCUUUGUUUUACUUUGUCUUUAAUUUCAGUUGCUACAUUCCUGUGUUUCUUGCAAUUCCACAUUAUUUUACUUGAAAAAUUAAAAAAGUAAAAGUUGAAUAAAAAGGCCAAAAAUUAAUACAA